AUGCCAAGAAGCACAGGAGGUCGUAAAAAAAUACCGAUUGAGAAAAUGGAGAAGGAUGCCAACCUUCAAGUUACCUUUUCAAAGAGAAGACAAGGUCUUUUUAAAAAAGCUAGUGAACUUUGCACCUUAUGUAAUGUAGGAAUGGGAGUAAUUGUGUUUUCACCAGGUCAAAAAGUAUUUUCUUUUGGCAAUCCAGAUGUUAAAUCUGUAAUCGAUAAUUUUAAAAAUCACAACCAUAGUCCUCUUUUAUAUACCCAAGACGGUUUAAACCCAACAAUCCAAAAUCUCAACAGCUUACUCACUCAGGAGUUGACAAUCCUUGAAAUGGAGAAAAAAAGGAAGAAAGAGUUGGAUGAGAUAAAAAAUAAGAGAGAAGAAAUAGAAAAAUGGUGGGAAAAAUCUCCUAAUCAACUUGACUUAAGUCAAAACACUUGUCUAACUAGAGCUCUGGAAAAUCUGAAAAUGGAGUUGGUAAGUCAACGGUCCCAACAAUUGCAAGCAAUUGAUCCUCCCAAUUAUUAUGGUGAAAGUUACAACAACAUUGUUGGUGGUGGCAAUGUCGAUCUUUUCGACCAAACAAGCAUGUUCGAUGGGAAUGCGUCCAACUAUAAUCCUAAUAUGAUUAUUUCUAAUCAUGGACCCAUGGUUGAAAAUAAUCAUAAAACCAAUGUCUUUGAAGCAUUCCGUCCAAGAUCCAAUCUGAAUUUGCCUGAGUAAACCAUGAUCACUACAAGGACCAAGGUCUGAAGGAAGAGGCAACAUAAUCCCAAUCAUGAUUUUCAUCACCUUCAACGUGGUUAUCU